CCAGUCUGUCAUACGCUGCGUUUGAAUCUGAUUGUUUUGUUUGCUAUUUGAAUCUUGGAAUUGAAUUGUGUCACGAUGAGUCUCAAUUUUGGAGAAAUAAUCGAGCCUUCGACGCGAGCUUUCUGGGAUGAAUACGAUGAAAACGAUGAAGAUCGGUCUCCUCUGGAACCUUUGCAGUGGGAAUGGUUAAAUGAAGAUGGCACCGAAGAGAAACUGGACCAGGUCAAGCUACUACUUGUUCUUGAAGGUCAAGGGAUAUCAGAUUUUGUUGCCACAGCCGUGCUGAAAGGAGGUCUCCCGAUAUGUCGACUCAACCAUGGCGCAGUGAAUAUUUACUAUGAUUCGCAGUCAGGACUGCUUGUUUGUUCUUCCGAGGAGAAAGAUCUGAAUUUAUUCAGCCUGAUUACUGACAAACUUGCGAUGUGGUUGGAUAUUGCCGAACAGGUCGUAGCCAUUGCUUUCCAUCCAAAAGUAAUGCAUAAAGGAACACCGAUUACCGAUGCUGAGGAAGUUUGUUUCAUACGACGCAUUAAUGGUCAAAUGACCCGGUAUCAGGAACUUGAAGCACCUAAUGUCAUCACUGGUAUUUCGGCGGGGGUUCUUUGUUAUCGAAAGUUUAAGCAGUUGGAAGCUUCUGUAUAUGCGUGUUACAUGGAUUCGCCCAUUCUAGACUCUGUAUCGACAAAACCGGUACUCGAACUGAUGAAAUCCCUGUCUAUCGAUUGCGAUAAUAGCUACUCGCUGAAAAAUAGAAUUAGUUCUAAUCUAUACCUCUAAAAAUAUAGGUUGUUUGUUUCUAAA